AUGGCUACGUACACACAUUAUUUUGUGGCGCUGUGUCUAUCGUUCAUGCAUGUCGUGAAGAGCUCUUCUCUCUUACAAAACUACUACCAGAUACCUGUAACUCGGCAUCGCCUCGGGUAUGUCUACGCUGAUGGUAUCGCCUCGGCACCUGUGCAGAUCGACAUGUUCCUAUGUCUACAGUCCACAGAAGACGGUAGACCGCUUCAAGUAAUUUUAGAUACUGCUGACCACUACGGACCACGCUUGGUACGACUCUCCCUGCACGGCUUUCCACUGCCCCACGUACAAUCAUCGUAUCUAGCCACGCGGGCAACUCGUGUCGUUGACAGUCUAAUGCCAAAGAAGACAGUGGAGUACAUGCAAAGUUUAUUCCAAGAUAAGAUUGAGUAUUCAGUGAAUACGACAGAAAGUGACAUCAUCAAUGCAUUGGCUGAGUUGGCAACAGGUCUGAGUUCGAAUAUUACACGUGACUCAUUUUAUGAUAAGUUUGAAGACGAGAAGACAGGACAUCUCUGUGUGUAUGAAUGGCAAUCAGCAAUACUACGUGGUGUGUAUCAAACUCCGUGGUUUCUGAUUAAUGACAUGCCGAUCUUAGACUUUCGUCCAGACUGGACGCUCAGUAAUUGGACAGCGAUUAUUGAUCCACUGUUAGAAGAUUACGAAGAACCCGGUGUUGGUCCACCACUGCCGACAUGCUUACCAGGCGAACCCGGAUGCGUCAUUGAGCCUCCAUGUGGUACACCAAAUGCUGCACCAAUCGCGAACUAUGAUUGGAUGAUGGUUGUCUUGGCAGCAUUGACAUCAACCUAUUAA